AUGACACUAAUGGAGAGGGCAUCUUUAAUGGACUGGAAGAUUGAGAUUAUUACAUCCUCGACAAUUGUGCUUUUCGCUAUUCUUUAUAAGGUUGGUGACUAUUACAACAAACAUCUUGUAACUAAAUUUUUGAAUUCAUUACGUGAUGAAUUUGAAAAGAACUUCUACCAGUAUGGUGUCACAAAAGAUGAACUAUACAUCAAGGACAGCCCUGAAAACUACACCUCUUAUGCUACAGGAAGGUUGAAUAUCGCUAAUGUUACAUUAAGAUUUAAGUUAGUUCCUAGGCAUAAUCUUUUUGUUUGGAUAAUUGAGUACGUCAUGUCUUACUUCACAGAAUCUGUUCAGUCACCUGAGGAUAAUGUUGAAAUUACUAUUGUUCCGUCUAAUGCUGCUAUAUAUGAUAACUUUAUCUGUGCUAUAGUUUCAAAGCUUGGCAUGAAUGUUCAAAGAAAAAACAAUUAUUUUUUGUCUUUAACGAGAACUGCGGAUUCAGCAACGAUCCCAGAAUCAUUUGUAUUUAUGAGUGAGGCAACCGAAUUACAAGAGAAAAUUUUGACAGGAAAAUUGAAGAGAGCUUUGACAUUAGAAAGUGCAUCUUACAUAAAAUUCCUUGCAUUGACUGAUCAAUCGACAGAGAAACCGUCCACAACUUCUGGUUUUUCUCCUAGAAGGAGAAUUAUAUUUUCCCUUAAAGUUGUCUCUGAUUCUGAAAAAUUGAAGCAAGUUCUGGACUUAAUUGAAGCUCUUUUGCUGCUAGUUGAUAAAUUAGCUUCGAAGGACAUCACAAUUCUGAACGGUACCUUGAAGAAAGUCGUUAAAACAAGAGAAAAUGAAAUUGAAAAGCUUAAGAAAGCAGAGCAGCAGCUUGAAGAAGAAAGGCUUGCAUCUGAAAAAGCAAAGGCCUCAAGAGAAGAAAGGGAUAAGCUUAGGAGCCUUCCAGCAGCUGAGCGUAUUAAAUUAGAGAAAAAGGCCUUGGAGAAGAAGCAGAAGAAACAACAAAAGAAGCAGAGAGUAAGGAUGUGA